AUACCGGCGCGGCACAUCAAUCCGAACUUUCUGGAUACUCCCCGUACAUUCUGCACAUUCGAUAUAGGCAUGUGGUAUUUAAACAGCGCUCGCUGGUUCCAAAUUUGAUAUUUUGAAUGAGCAAAGUGGAAGAAACUAUCCUCCUGUUCUGCUUACGAAAGUGAAUAAAUCGGAUGAUAUCAUUUCUGACCAUUGGAAAUUGCACGUAGAACAAUUUCAGGGCUGACAAAAAGGGUAGAGACACUGUUUAAUACGAGGAAAGAAAGACAAAGAAGGUCGGAAAUGUCGGUGGUAGGGUUCGAUGUCGGAAACCUCUCGUCGUAUAUCGCCGUAGCGAGGGGAGGAGGGAUUGAGACCAUCGCUAAUGAGUACAGCGACAGGCUUACUCCUACAGUAGUCAGUUUUGGCGAGAAGUCGAGGACGCAAGGUCAUGCUGCUCGAAGUCAGGCAAUCACAAACUUCAAGAACACAUUAUCACAGUUCAAGAGGUUUAUAGCACGGCAGUACAGCGACCCCUCAGUCCAACAAGAUGCGAAGGUUGUACCUUAUAAAGUCACACAGCUCCCUAAUGGGGGUGUCGGGAUGCAAGUACAGUAUCUUGGCGAGACGGAGACGUUCACACCAGAGCAGGUUUACGCCAUGAUGCUUACAAAACUAAAAGAGACCGCUGAAGUUAAUCUUCUCAGGAAAGUGGUUGAUUGUGUAAUCUCGGUUCCACAAUAUUACACUGAUCUUGAACGCAGAGGUGUAAGCCAUGCUGCUGAGAUUGCUGGUCUUAAUUGUCUUCGGGUUAUCAGCGAUACCACAGCAGUUGCAUUGGCAUAUGGUAUCUACAAGCAAGAUCUUCCCACCCCAGAGGAGAAACCAAGGAAUAUUGUCUUUGUAGACUGUGGUCAUUCAUCUCUUCAAGUUUCUGUAUGUGCAUUCAACAAGGGUAAACUCAAGGUCCUGGCCAACGCAUCAGACAAGAACCUCGGUGGUCGUGACUUUGACUGGUUACUCGCCGAACACUUCGCAGUAGAUUUCCAAACACGGUACAAGCUCGAUGUAAAAUCUAACCAAAGAGCCUGGCUGCGUCUCCUAGCUGAGUGUGAUAAGACCAAGAAGUUGAUGAGUGCCAAUGCUACUGUUAUAUCCAUGAACAUUGAGUGUAUUAUGAAUGAUAAGGAUGUCAGUGGAAAGAUCAAUAGGGCAGAAUUUGAAGAACUUGCUGCAGAUUUGUUAAAACGAGUAGAAGUUCCUCUCAAAUCUGUGCUUGAACAGACGAAGUUGAAACCAGAUGACAUCCAUUCUGUUGAGAUAGUUGGAGGAUCCAGUCGUAUUCCUUCCAUCAAGGAAACGAUAAAGAGGAUCUUCAAGAAGGAGUGCAGCACGACGCUAAAUCAGGAUGAAGCUGUGGCAAGGGGGUGUGCUCUACAGUGUGCCAUCUUAUCUCCUACAUUCAGGGUUAGGGAUUUCACUGUAACAGACCUAACACCGUAUCCUAUUGAAUUAAAAUGGAAAGGAACAGAGGGAGAGGAUGGAUCAAUGGAAGUGUUCCAUAAAAACCACCAAGCACCAUUCUCUAAGAUGCUUACAUUCUACCGCAAAGAACCCUUUGAGCUUGUUGCUCAAUACGCCGACUCAAACUUACCCAUUCCCGAGCCAACGAUAGGUCGUUUCAAGAUCAAUGGCGUGUUCCCAACGGCAGAGGGUGAGAGUUCAAAGAUCAAGGUGAAGGUUCGCGUGAACGGUCACGGCAUCUUCCAUGUGUCUUCAGCGUCGCUGAUAGAGAAGCUUUCUGCUCAGGCAGAAGAACCCAUGGAGGAAUCCAGCCCCCAGGAGAAUGGACCCAGCAAGGAGGAGGGAGCUGGAGCCGCCCAGACGGAGAAUGACAGCCCCAUGGACCAGAGCCCAGUGGACGGUGGAGCAGGAGAGGGAGAGGCACCGGCAGAGAAGGAGGAGCAAGGCGAGAAUGAAGCCAAGGAGGCUUCUAAAGACAGUAAAGAGAACAGCGAGGGCAGCAAAUCUGAGAAUGGCAGUACUGAAACAGACUCCAAAGCAACAAAAAAGAACAAGAAGACUGUCAAAACACAUGAACUGACCAUCACUGCUAAUACCAAUGAACUCUCUGUAACUGAAGUCAACAACUUCUUUGAAAAGGAGGGUAAGAUGAUUGCUCAGGACAGACUGGAGAAGGAAAAGAAUGAUGCUAAGAAUACAGUUGAGGAGUACGUCUAUGAGAUGAGAGAAAAGAUAUGUGACAGACUUGAGCAGUUUGUCUCAGAAAAGGACCGUGAGAGUUUCAGUAAACUUCUGGAGGAUACAGAGAAUUGGUUAUAUGAAGACGGAGAGGACCAAGCCAAGAACGUCUACCAAACAAAACUUGCUUCAUUGAAGAAAAUUGGUGAUCCUAUUGAAACGAGGUGUAAAGAAAAUUCUGAGAGACCCAUUGCUUUUGAUGAGUUUGGCAAGGCAGUAAUUCACUACAGGAAAGCACUAGAACUAUAUUCACAAGGGGAUGAGAAGUACUCUCACAUUGAGAAGGAUGAUAUGGCGAAGGUCGAUAAAUGCUUGAAGGACAAGGAAACCUGGAGAGAUGCCAAGAUGAAUGCUCAGAACCAGAAGAAAAUCUACCAAGAUCCUGUUGUCACGGCAUCACAGAUUAGGUCAGAAAUACAGAGCAUGAAAUUCACCUGUGACCCUAUAGUCAACAAACCCAAACCAAAGCCAAAAGAAGAGCCUCCCAAGGACAACGGUCCUACACCGGAAGAGGCUGCCAAAGAGGGUGAUGCCGCCGCACCAACCACGGAAGGCGAGGAGAAGAUGGAUACUGCCGACCAAGCACCCACGGGAGACGCUAACAAAGAGGGCGACACAAAACCAGAUGUGGAGAUGGAACUAGAUUAACGAUAACUCGUAGUGCUAUUGUUGGUAUCAAUGUUUGUGUUAAUUUUUCACCAUUGUUAUGUAGAUUAUACAUUGGUCUUGAUUUGUUGAAUCCCAGUAGAAAUGAAUACCAUGUAUCAUUGUCCUAUUUAGUGUUUAAAUUCCAUCUGUAAUACAUCUUGGAUGAAAUUAUUGUCACUCUCAGAAAGUUUCCAACCUCCCUUCAUACAGUGUUUGAAUCGACUGUUUUCUCAUACUCUAAUGAACAUUUUUUAGAAUAUCCACUUUCCCCCAACCAUUAUUAAUAUGUAUUGACAGUCGGAGUCAUAGGUAUGUUUGCCAAAGUGUUUUGGAUUGCAAAAUGCGAUGUUUAACAAGAGUACAUUUGACUUUUCUGUGAAAAUUCUAUACUCGUCCACAUACUGUGAAUUUAUGAAAAGUAAUUUGUUUUAUUUCUUGCUGCAAUAGAUGUUUUUAUGUUUUCCUCAGAAUUUUUUUUCUAUUGUGAAUCAAGUUGUAUAGCAUUACAAUGUGCAGGUGGUAUGGCUCAAGAUGUAAGAAGCUUUAUUACUUACUAUUUGUGCAUGUAUGUGAUUACAUUUUACAUAAAUUAUAUCUUGCUAUAUAUUCCAUUGAAGUUUUACCGUUAUUUUUGGUUGACAAAUUCUUUUUUUUCUUCACCAUUUAUUUCAUGUUUAAUAUAGACUCUUAAUAGUCUCACAUUACAUGUUAACAUCAUAUUAAAGCAAUGGUUUUGGCACAAGACAUAUGUUUGUUACCUCUUGUUAUACUUUAUAAGCCUCUUUACAUGAUUGUAUUAAACAUCCUUGGAAUUAAUUAUUUAUUUAUAAAGCAAUGUCUCCUCAACUACCAAAUCAAGCUUUGAGAAGACUUAAAAUAGUUUCUGAGCAGAGUUGGUGCUUAGUCGAGCCACUAUGUAAACUUGUAUGUCAACACAGGCAAAAUGUGUUUGUGAAAAUAGUUCAAAUGUGGUGAUCAUAAUAAAUAUGAUGUAUUAAAGAUAUUUCAUGUGAUCAGAUGAUUCUAUUACUUCUGUAAAUAAUAAUGAUGAAUGAAUGUGAUUAUAUAUUCUUGUUCAUGCCAAUCAAAUGUUCAAGAGAACAGAAGCACAUGUACAGGCGUUUAAAUAUGGCAUUCAUACUUGUAUAUCGGAGACACUAUGCACUGACUAAUGAGUCACUUUAGAUGUUUUGUGCAUAGUCAUAUAAGCACCUUA